UAAACACUUUUGUUCUGCGAAUUCAUUUGACAAAAACACUUGAAAGUUAUACUUUGGGAACGUGUUACGGUCUUGAGAGGCCACUAAAGAGAGCGAAUUCCUAAGUUAGUGAACGGAUGUUUGCGUAUACAGUCAUUAGCAACUGGCAGCUGUCUGGUUUGCGAAUUUGUGGUAGAUAUAUAUGUACAUUUUAACGAAGAAGUAAUUAUAAAAUCGAGCUGACGAGCUGCGAAACACGAGAGUCUGUUUUGUCUAACAAGCACUGCAAGAAUUCAUCAUACGUUAUCCCUGAAACAUAUAACGAUUUGAGUUCGCCGUGUGUGAACGGUGAUUCAACCGAAAGCUGAUUUCAAGCCUAAAAACUUUGGCCGACAAUAUGUCACAAAAGUUGAACGAAGUUGAAAAGGAAUGGCUGUUCAGUUUUGCUUGUUCUCCUGAAUGUCACAUACAAAACGUCAAAGAUCUAUUAAAGAAGAAUCCCAAUCUUGCAACGAUGAAGACAGCGCUUCAUUGGGCCGCAAGGAACGGCAGCAUCGCCCAGGUGGACUUCUUGUUAGCGAAUGGAGUGGACCCGGAAAUUCAAACUAAUGGGGGUUACACGGCUCUUCAUUUGGCUACCAUGUUUAAUCACAAUGAUGUUGUGUUGCUGCUCCUCGAUGAUUACAGAGCUUGUGUCGAUGCCAGGGAUAACAGUGGCAAGCGACCAAAGGAUUAUCUCAAACGAAACGCGAUGCCCUCAGUUAAAAAUAAACUACAAGGACUCGAUUCAUGUCCACGAGAAAGCAGUGAAAAACCGAUGACAAACAUCAGCAACAUGUUUUUACAAAUGUGUUCGGUGAAUUCACUCAAAGAGGAUGUCUGUACUGAAGAAAGAAAUGUUUUUAUGUCGCCAUUUUUUCUACCUAAUCCUGAAAUAAAGACGAUUAAGUUGAAGAGUCCCACAACACGUCGUUCACGAGUAAACACAACAUUUCGAAAAGUUCGACCGAAGUUGAAGAAAACGACAAAAGUUGCCGUGGAUGACGAAGAAAACCUUGAGGCAAAAAAGAGGAUAGGGUCACCUGUUCCCAUGAGGAAUAACUUCCUGGAUUUCUCAGGGGUUCCACGACAGGAAAGAGCGAGAUCUGAGCCAGAUGUUGGCAGACUUCUAGAGCAAAUGCAAACAAGCAUGGACGAAAGAUGACACAUUAAACUUGAGUAAACGGAUGAUCGUUUAGUCAAAGAAAGAUCGUUCAUUUAGUCCUCUGUCAAAGAAAGAUCGUUCAUAUAGUCCUCUGUCGAAGAAAGAUCGUUUCUCACACACAGAAUGACCCUGAAAUGAAUUUUAUGAUUUGAUGGGAUAACGAAAAAUGUUGGUUAGAUUUCCACACAAAAACGUGAAUCAAUCUUAAAAAUAACAAUGAAAUGAAAAAGAAAAGAAAAAUCCUUGGUGUGGCAAUUAUACAGCCAUGAGCUAGGAAGUACAAUUACAUGGACUGAGAGUAUGAAAAUUUAUACGGCCAUUGACAUUCUAAAUUCAAAAUAUUCACACUAUGGACUUACAUGCAGUUGUUAUAUUAUAAUCUUCAAAAAUCAUUCUAAACUAAUUGUUCUAACGAAUUGCGUAUUGAUCUAAAAGUUACGAAUUGAAAGAUUCUUUAGU